GAAGCGGAGGUUCCAGGAGGGAAAGUGACCACCGACUUCCACAGCGCCAGGUCGGUCCCCGGUGGCCUGGGCCCAUGCCUUGAGGUUGAGGUCGCGCGGUGCCCUGCGGUCAGCAUGCCGUGGGACGCGCGGCUCGGGGGAGGCGCCGACGGCGGGCCCGAGGGCGCGGGCGCCGCCCGCUCAAGGGCGCAGAAGCAGUGCCGGAAGUCAUCCUUCGCCUUCUACCAGGCGGUGCGCGACCUGCUUCCGGUGUGGCUGCUGGAGGACAUGCGCGCCAGCGAGGCCUUCCACUGGGACGAGCGCGGGCGCGCCGCCGCCUACUCGCCGUCGGAGGCGCUGCUCUACGCGCUCGUGCACGACCACCAGGCCUACGCGCACUACCUGCUGGCCACCUUCCCGCGGCGCUGGCUGGCGGGCCUGGCGCCGCCCUCGCUCUUCGCGCGCGCCAUGCAGGUGCUGGUCACCGCCAUCUCCCCGGGCCGCUUCCCCGAGGCCCUGGACGAGCUGCCGCUGCCGCCCUUCCUGCAGCCCUUGGACCUCACUGGCAAGGGCUAG